AGUUAUGACUCACUGAUUAAAAAGAACUUUCCCAAACACUUUGCACUUUUGAUUACGUAUAUGAUGGAUACCAAGGAAGAGAAGAAGGAACGGAAACAAAGUUAUUUUGCUCGAUUGAAAAAGAAAAAACAAGCCAAACAAAAUGUAGAGACAGCCUCAGCUAUAACUACAGGGACUCACACUGGAAAAGAAGAGACUAAUACAGUCAUUUUAGAACAAGACAAGUGCAACAAUGCUGUGGAAGAAGAAUGUGUUACUGAUGAAAAAAAAAAGAGAAAAAAUAAUCAGUUGAAGGAGAUCAGACGUACAGAACUAAAGAGAUACUAUAGUAUUGAUGACAAUCAAAACAAAACACAUGAUAAAAAAGAGAAGAAGAUGGUGGUUCAGAAGCCCCAUGGUACUAUGGAAUAUGCUGCUGGAAGCCAAGACACCCUAAACUCCAUAGCACUGAAGUUUAACGUCACUCCCAAUAAAUUAGUGGAACUGAAUAAACUUUUCACACAUACUAUUGUUCCAGGCCAGGUUCUUUUUGUGCCAGAUGCCAACUUUCCUUCCAGUACCUUAAGGUUAUCAUCAUCCAGUCCUGGUGCUACUGUCUCUCCUUCAUCAUCAGAUGCAGAAUAUGACAAACUGCCUGACGCUGACUUAGCAAGAAAGGCCAUAAAACCCAUUGAAAGAGUCUUAUCAUCCACUUCUGAAGAAGAUGAGCCAGGCGUGGUAAAAUUUUUAAAAAUGAAUUGUCGAUACUUCACCGAUGGAAAGGGUGUGGUCGGAGGUGUCAUGAUUGUCACUCCUAACAACAUCAUGUUUGACCCUCACAAGUCCGACCCCCUGGUCAUUGAGAAUGGGUGUGAAGAGUACGGCCUCAUUUGCCCCAUGGAAGAGGUGGUUUCCAUUGCCCUCUACAAUGACAUUUCCCACAUGAAGAUCAAAGAUGCCUUGCCAUCUGACCUACCUCAGGAUCUUUGUCCUCUGUACAGGCCUGGAGAAUGGGAAGACCUGGCUUCAGAAAAGGAUAUCAACCCAUUUAGUAAGUUCAAAUCUCUCAACAAGGAAAAGCGGCAGCAGAACGGAGAGAGAACCAUCCCUUCAGAGUCCACAUCAACAAGACCUUUGGAGAAAUCAACAGAACACACACAUACAAAGCCCUCAGACAGCUCUGUGUCAGGAAAGUUAAAGACCCUGGAAUCCCCUAUGGAAGCAACCAGUGGAUCUACUAUAGUAACUGAGGUCAGCAAGGAACCUUCUGACACUCAUACUGCAUUUGAAUCUAUAGCCAAAGAAAAUUCCCUUUUAGGGGAAGAUGAUGACUUCAUUGACUUGGAAGAACUUGCUUCUCAAACGGAUAGUGGAAUAGACAAAACAGACACCGCCAAGGAGCGCCUUCCUCUUGAGCCAGAGGAGCUAAGGAAGGCUAAGUCACAAAUCAUCAGUCCUGCUGCGGAAAUGCAGUCAGCCCUUAACUUUUCAGGAACUGAGAGUGAUGCUGAACUGAAGGGGGCCCUAGAUUUAGAAACCUGUGAGAAGCAAGAUAAAAUGCUGGAGGUGGACAAGCAGUCCGGUUCCCCAGAAAGCCAAGUGGAAAACACCCUGAACAUACAUGAAGAUCUCGAUAAAGUUAAACUCAUUGAAUAUUACCUUAAUAAAAACAAAGAAGGGUCACCGUUAUCUGAUAACUUGCAGAAGGCAGAAUUAAGUCAUGGCAAAAGUGUUGAGCCAGUGGGAAUAGACAUCACGCUUAGUAGUUCUCUUCCCCAGUCUGGUGAGCCUCUAACUGAGGGCAGUAAAGAACCAGAUAAAAUCGGGGUGAAAGAGACAGACCCCCAUCCACUGCAACUUGGCUCUUCUACCGAAGAAAAUAUGGGUAAAGAGUCUAUAGACUCCUCUUUGGAAUCUACUCUGGACAAUAGCUGCCAAGGUGCACAAAUGGAUAAUAAAUCCGAAAUCCAAUUAUGGCUGUUAAAGAGAAUUCAGGUACCCAUCGAAGAUAUACUUCCUUCAAAAGAAGAGAAAAGCAAGACUCCACCCAUGUUUCUGUGCAUUAAAGUGGGGAAACCAAUGAGAAAGUCCUUUGCCACUCACACUGCAGCCAUGGUCCAGCAGUAUGGCAAACGAAGAAAGCAGCCAGAGUACUGGUUUGCCGUUCCUCGGGAGAGGGUGGAUCACUUGUACACAUUCUUUGUUCAGUGGUCUCCUGACGUCUACGGGAAAGAUGCCAAAGAGCAAGGCUUUGUGGUAGUAGAAAAGGAAGAACUCAAUAUGAUCGACAACUUCUUCAGUGAGCCGACCACCAAGAGCUGGGAGAUCAUCACCGUUGAGGAGGCAAAGCGCAGAAAGAGCACCUGCAGCUACUAUGAAGAUGACGACGAGACAGCCUUACCGAUCCUCCAGCCCCACAGUGCUCUCCUGGAGAACAUGCACAUCGAGCAGCUGGCUCGACGCCUUCCAGCAAGGGUACAAGGGUAUCCAUGGAGACUCGCAUAUAGCACAUUGGAACAUGGGACCAGCUUGAAAACUCUCUAUCGGAAAUCAGCAUCGCUAGACAGUCCUGUCCUAUUGGUCAUCAAAGACAUGGAUAAUCAGAUUUUUGGAGCAUAUGCAACUCAUCCAUUCAAGUUCAGUGACCACUAUUAUGGCACAGGCGAAACUUUUCUCUACACGUUUAGCCCAAAUUUCAAGGUCUUUAAGUGGAGUGGCGAAAACUCAUACUUUAUCAAUGGAGACAUAAGUUCUUUAGAACUUGGUGGCGGAGGGGGACGGUUUGGUUUAUGGCUAGAUGCUGAUUUAUACCAUGGACGAAGCAACUCCUGCAGCACUUUCAAUAAUGAUAUUCUUUCCAAAAAAGAAGAUUUCAUAGUUCAGGACCUCGAAGUAUGGACAUUUGAGUAAAAUUCAGACUGCCUUAAAAUACAGCAUUAAAAAGGUUGGGUUUAGGAUCAGCUCUUCUAUAGCUGGCUGGAAGACCAAGCGCCAGCCUAGACUGCCUCAUCCCUUCAUAAUGCUUUCUUUCUGCCGUCAUCUCAGAGCAUGAUCGCGUUGCAGAGAGAUCCUGAAAGGUACAUGUGGAGGGCAUACACUGAUGAAAGAGAUUUGACAUCCAGAUCGUGGAAAGACUGUACUCUCACUUUCUUCAAACCCAUACAUACAGUGAGGAAUCAGAGUAUUUAUAGAUGUAUGAGUUGAAUGCAAUUUUUUAUUUUUGGUAACUGUGAAAAGAAAAGAUACUGUGGAAAUAUAUACAUGCCUUGUGUAUUUAUCAACAUAAUUUUCAUUACCAAAAUGUACAGCAUACUAUUGUUUGCCAUGGAAAAGUUUAGUCUCAUUUAGAAAAAUUAAAAGUGUAUAGCACUUGAAGGGAAUAUGUAUAUGAUUUUUUUAAACUGUUUUAUUUAUUAUUUCUAGUAUAUUGUCUGAAAUGUGUUGCCAGGAUUUUUGUUUUUUUUUUUUUUUUUCUUUUAAUGUGUCAAAUCUUGAAAUAAAGAAAUGUUCUAUGUUUUGGCAACAAUUCCACUUGAUUUAUAUAGUUUUAUAUUGAAUUUUUUUUUUUUUGCCCUGAUUGUUUAGGGUAAUAGGUCUUAAGCAGCAUAUAUAUAUGCAUAAUUCUAAUUCUGAAUUUUAAAAAACUCAUCACCAAUGUUCAUUGAUUUCACUAUUAUAGGCCAGCUUUCCGUUUAGUCAUUAAAAAGGUACAUUUUUAGUUACUUACUCUGAACAUUGUUGUAUAAAGAAAAAGAAAAGAAGCCAUUUCUCACAAUCAAGUUGAUAUUUACAGAAAUGGAUAUCUUUAUGAGCCUAAACUUAGAACAAACCCUGCUUUUGAAAAGAAAAUGGUUUGCUUCUUAUAAAAUCAUUUGCAUUAGUAACAAAAACUCUAUUUUCAUAGUAUUUUGCAUAAUUUUCCCCAAGUUUUUACAUUAACAAACAGGCCUCUGUUUUAAAAGGGACCAAGUGUUUUAAUUUUGAGUGUUUUCAUUUGCAUAUUUUACAUCAAAUGAAAAAUGUUGAAUCAGCCCAAUUGUCUUGGUUUCAGACUCUUGUUUGAGGAAAAAGCAAUGCAAAGAAGUGCAUUCAUACCAACAUUGGAAUAAAAAGUAAAGUCUAUUUUUUAACAUCAACUCAUUUUCACACCAUAAAACACUGUUUUAUUAAAUACAAUAGUAAAACUUGUUAAAAAUUUAACCAAUAUUAUUAAUUGCCAGACUUUUAUGAAAGCCAAAGAGUGCAAAUGGAAAAAAAAAAAUCAAAGUAAUAGCCAAAGCUGACAUAAAUGACAUCCCUAGUGAUCUUGGAAAGAAGAGGUUAAUAGCAAGUAGUAUUUCUACACCUGCAUUUAGAAAAAUAAAACAGUUCUCAGAAUGCUAGCCUUAAGCUGGCUGAAUAUUUCCUUUAGGUUUUUCUCUUCUUUUAGACUAUUUAUGAAAGUGAACAAACAAAUUGCCAAGUACCCUCCAGUCAGAUCAAUAGUUAUGUAACUCCACUCACAUUCCAUGUGAGUUGGAACGAAUGCUAUAAAAUCUUAGGUCUGUAGCCUGGGUGUCCUUUCCCCGCAGUUCUCCCACGAGAACUCUUGAUGAACAACAUAUUGGCAGUUGAACCAUAAUCUGCUCGUUAAGUGAUGUGUUGGUAUAAGACAUCAGGAAUGUGUCAUGCUGAUUGUGUUUACCACUUAUGCCAUUUGCAACCAUAUGCUAUUGACAAACAAAGUGGUCAUUUUGCAUAUAGUUCACUCUUACCUAGUUUUAGUACAGGAUAUUAUACGUACUUGUGAGAGCAUAUCCAGAUGCCGUGUUCUCUAUUUAAAACAGUAUUGUCCAAUCAGAAAUGUGUGGCCCUUCAUUUAUGGAUAUUGAAUAUAUGUAAUGCAGUGCUAGCCCAAUAUUUUCAAUAAAGGAAUUUAUGCAUUCAG